AUGAAACUGAACUACACUAAAAUAUUAUUAUUUUUCUUUCCAUUAAAUAUAUUAGCAAAUAAUAAUAAAAAUAAACCAUCCAUCACACAACGUCAUACACCAAGAUAUACAUCACGAGUAUUAAGCGAAUGUGACAUCCGAUCGUCAAUUUAUGAUAAUGAUGCGGAGAUGAAAUCAGUGAAGGAAACUUUCGAUCGACAAACAUCACAACGUUUUGAAGAAUACGAAGAACGUAUGAAAGGUAAACGCCAAAAACGUAAAGAACAACGUGACAAAAAUAUACAAGAAAUUAUUGAAAAAGAUAGAAUGGACAAAUCAUUAGCAGAAAAAGUAGAAAAAGUUUGUCUUAGGUGUGGGUUUGGGUUAGGAGGUGUUGCAGCAGGUGUUGGAAUAUUUGGUGCAAUUGCUGUAAAUGAAUGGACAAAAGCUGCUUUGGUUGCUGCAGCUCAAAAGGGUAUUGAUGCAGGUAUCAAAUCAGCCCUUAAAGGAUUAGAAAAAAUAUAUGAACUAAGUGAUUUUUCUUAUUUAAAAUGGUCUGCAAUGGUUACUCCAACAACUUAUGAUCAACCCAUGGAUCUUAUUGCUAUUGUAACUAAAGCAUAUAAUAUGUGUGAUGACGUUGAGGCUGCUAAGGGAUCUUUAUUUUGUCAGGCCAUGGAAGGUAUAGCUAAUGAACCUGAUGGAUGUCCUGUUAAAACCUUUUCUCAAAUGGCUGUAGACGCUGCAGAAGCAGCUGGUAAAGUUUCUAAAACUACCGAAGAAGCUGGAAUAGCCUUAGCAAAUAAUACAAGUUACAAUUCGUACAUUGCAAUUGCUUACUCCGUGACUGCUAUACUGAUUAUAGUUUUAAUUAUGUUAAUUAUUUAUUUAAUUUUACGUUAUCGUAGAAAAAAAAAAAUGAAUAAAAAACUACAAUACACAAAAUUAUUAAAUCAAUAA